AUGUACGCUAAAAUUGAAACAGAGCGCUUAAAUUUUAUUAAAAACAAUCAAAUGCAACUCAGAGCUGAUAAUUACAUACAUUUCAGAGAUGCUAUUGGGAGACAAGAUACCGAUCUUACCCAUCUUGGUCAGAUGGUAGUUCUUCCGUCGUCUUUUACUGGCUCACCACGGUAUAUGCAUGAAAAAACUCAGGACGCCAUGACAUACGUUCGUCAUUACGGUCGUCCUGAUUUAUUCAUAACUUUUACAUGUAAUCCUCGAUGGAGAGAAGUUUCAAAUGCAUUACUUUCUGAACAAAAGUCCUACGAUCGUCAUGAUAUUAUAGCUAGGAUAUUUCAUUUAAAAGUUAAGACGUUAAUGAAAUUGUUAACAAAAGGGAAUUUGUUUGGGGAAGUGCAAUGUUUUAUGUAUUCGGUCGAAUGGCAAAAACGUGGUUUACCACACAUACAUAUUUUGUUAUGGCUAAAACAGCGCAUUUCUUAG